AUGUCCUCUUCAAAAGUUCGAAUUGCCAUCAUCGGUGCUGGCGCGAUUGGACCCCGCCACGCAAGAACCGUUGCAAACAGUUCCGUAGCUGUUCUCUCUGCCAUCGUCGACCCAGCACCAUCAAGCACGGAACUCGCCGCUGAACUAAACGUUCCGCAUUAUUUAUCUAUUUCUGAUCUCCUCCAAUCUCCUGACAAGCCUGAUGCUGCAAUCAUCUGUACUCCAAACUUCACUCAUGUUGCCUUGUCUAAAGAGCUGUCAGCCGGUGGAAUUCACAUCCUCAUCGAAAAACCAGUCAGUACCGAUGUAGCCAGCGGCAAAGAGCUCGUGCAGCAUCUAGAAGGCACUGGGGUGAAGGGUCUUGUGGGACACCAUCGCAGAUUCAACCCGUAUAUGGUGGCUACGAAGAAGAUCGUCUCCUCAGGUUCACUGGGUCAAAUAAUUGCUGUGAACGGUCUAUGGACCUUAUUCAAGCCUCUAGAGUACUUUGAUGCUCCAACUGAAUGGCGGAGGGAGAAAACAGGCGGAGUUGUACUUAUUAACAUGAUUCACGAGGUAGAUCUUCUCCAUUACCUCUUCGGUCCAAUUACUCGAGUCCACGCCGAAAAGACAAUCUCACAAAGAGGGUUUGAAGCAGAAGAAGGCGCAGCUCUUACAUUGCGAUUCAAGUCCGGCAUGGUUGGAAGCUUCAUAAUUUCUGACCAUACUCCAUCCCCAUACAACUUCGAAUCAGGCACGGGAGAGAAUCCUUUAAUUCCAAAGACCGGAAAAGACUUUUACAGGAUCUUUGGAACAGACGGGUCUCUCAGCGUGCCAGAUAUGACGCUGUGGUCAUACAAGGGUAAAGAUAAAAAGUCAUGGCACUCUGAACUUACGCAAGAGCAGGAGGCUGUUCCUCCACGAGUACCCUUUGAAGAUCAGUUGGAACAUUUUGUGAAAAUAGUUAGAGGGGAAGAGACGCCCAGCUGCACCGCAAGUGCAGGUCUUGCAGCUCUUGUGGUUUGCGAUGCUAUCAAGGAGGCUCUGGCUGCGAACAAGACGGUGGAUAUUGAAGAGUACGAUUUAUCAGGGUAG